AUGUUCCGUGUCUUCAACUCCAAGACUCGCGUCACCCACACCAGUCGCAGGUCCCAGAAUGUGUAUCAGGCCAAGCAGAUGGUCGCGUCGUUGUUGCUGCCGGUUGUCGUUGUGGUCGGUGUGGUGGUGGCGUCGUACGUCCAGUCAGGAGGGAGAACCAUAGGGUAUGGGGAAACGAGAUGUUACCUGGACUCCUACCUCGUGAACGGGGUAUCCCUGAUUGGACCUCUAGCGGCCAUAACUCUGGCCAACAUCACAUUUUUCGCCGUGACCGUCAGACGUAUAGACCAGGUGAAGAAACUUCAGGUGACAGAUUCUUCCAAGGGCGACGACUCCAGUAACAUCUAUAUCUACGUCAAGUUGUCGUCCAUGAUUGGAGUUUUCUGGGUUGUUUCGUUAAUGGCAGAGGCGCUAAAUGUGGACAUACUCAGGUACAUCGCGAUCGUGCUCAACGGCCUCCAGGGAAUGUUCAUCUUCCUCUCCUACACCUUCAACAGGAGAGUCCUUAACUUGUACCUGCACCGGUCUGACGUCACUUCCGGUGAUACACCUGGCACCAACCUGACCAGUUCCACGACCAAGGCAAAACCAGAUGUCACCAAGACAUAA